AUGACUCCCCCCAAGGCAUCGCAGUCAGCCUGGGAGACGCCGCCCAGUACACCGCGUUCUUGCCGCAGAAUUCCCUCCACGCCGCCGCCUUUGAGACGCGCAAGCUCUGAGCCUUUGCUAUCGGGCCUGGAGCGAAACUGCCUGAGGCGAGUGCGCUCGGCCCUCGAGGCGGAUCCAGACGCGGCCAGGCUGCCGCUCAUGGAGCCGCGCUGCGAGUGGCCGCUCUGCGCCGCGAUCCGCCUGGGCUGCAGCGGGGACAUCGUCAGGCUGCUGACUCAGAACGGCGCGAUGGUCGAGGUGACCAACGAGCAGGGGCAGUCCCCGCUCCAGCGUCUCAGCUCUGGGGCGGCGAAGCAGGUCAUCGGAACACAGUUCGCCGACUUAACUUCUGGCAUCGACGACGGGGCAGAAUGGAUGUGCGAGUCCAUCGCGCAGUACGAGCUGGGCGUUGCCAUGGCGUUGAUCAUUGCGGGUGCAGAUCCAGAGGCGCGCCACGGUGACGCUGGCGGGGAGCAGUGUUCUAGCCUGGAGCUUGCCCGGCGCGCUGGCAAAGAACAUCUGGUCAGCCUGUACAUGCAAAAUCCAGCGCGCGACCUGGGGUGCCGUGGCCACUUGCUGACCGCUUGA